UACUAGAACUACAUCUACAACAAACAUCAACGCUUCCAAAAAUAGUAUUGGGUGAUAAACCUGUUUAUAUUUUUAGGAAAGCAAUCAAAAUGGGUAAAAAUGAUUCCAGAGAUGUAGCCAUCGAUUGGCUAUGUGAGCAACUUUUGAAAGAAAAAAUUAUAAAAGACAAUCUUGGUUUUAUUAUAUUGGAUCUUCUAAGAACAUUGCCUACUUCAAAAAUCCAAAAUGAUCCCAGUGAAAUCACAUUAAUUACAAAUAAUCUGGACAGGAUAAUGAAAGGACUUUUUCAUGAUCCAGACAAGGCCUUAGUACAAUGGCCUAAUACUGAAUUACACGAAAGCAAAAUAAGAAACUUAGCCAGUAGAGCAAAGCAGCCUGAUUUCACAGUUUCUUUAAUACAUCAACAACAAAUUGAUUCAGUGAUUUUUGUUGGAGAAGUAAGUCCACCUUCUGAAAGAAAUAAUGUUUUCAAAAAUUCAAAUGAUUUGAUCCGGUUAG